AUGCAGCGACUGGCGACAAGGGGAUUUAUUCGUCCCACAGAAGUACUGCGUCGACGUUUUGUGCCCCCGUGGGAGCUUGAUGGCAAGUCCGCGGACGAAUUUUUUUCGGGUCUAAUGCAAAGUACGAACCCAAUUCAAACACGCCGAAAAGAAAAAGAACGUCAUGAAGAGGUGGAGAAAAAAUCCGUUGAGGAAGCGCCAUCGCCCGCAGAAUUGCACCGCAUUAAGGCAAUUCAUGCACACAAUGAGUUGGUUUUGAAUCAACGAAGAAACUUUCUUCCGUACGGGGCAAAUCCAGUUGUUUAUUUUGAACGCAGUCAGAUGGCGGCACUAGGCGAGUAUGAAAUGAUGUUGCAGUCAUCAGGUGUUGCGGCAAAUAACGCGAGUUACUCUCCAGAGGUGCGGGAGAUGUUGCGAGCAGAUUUGCAUCAAAAGUUGCCAUACAGAUAUGAGUCUUACGUUGAACCCCAUGGCGGUCAGGCACAGUGGCCCUUGCAUGGCUCUGCUGGCAUUGUUCUCGACAUUGACGGCGUGGUUUACCGAUCACAUAAACUCAUUGAAGGCUCAGACACCGCAAUUCGUAAGAUGAUGGAGUUGCGUAUUCCGUUGCUUUUUAUGACGAAUGGCGGUGGGAUAUCGGAAGAAGAGAAGGCGAGGGAAUUAUCACAGCUUGUUGGAUGUGAAAUUGAUUCAUCACAAAUUCUUCUGGCCCAUACUCCAAUGCAGCUGCUUGCACCCAUGUAUAAGAAUCAAAAUGUAUUGGUUGUGGGCAAUCCGCGCUCUGCAGAGGUGGCGAAGAUGUACGGCUUCGAUCAUGCCAUCUCCGUCCUUCAAUUUCAGGCGGAACAUCCAGAGUUGUUGCCGUACAAAAAAUGGGGUGAUCUAAAGAAGUGUGAACCCUGUAGCGUUGCCUUUCCGGAAAUAGCGGCCAUCUUUGAGUUCACCGACCCAGAAGAUGUCUUUAGUGACGUGCAGAUCAUGCUCGAUGUUCUGCUGUCACCACGGGGACAAGUUGGACGCUAUAUAUCAAGCACACAGAGUGUGCCGUAUUUUCUCUCAGCGGAUGACUUGUUGUGGGCGACGGAGGCCCCACUACCACGACUUGGUCAAGGAGCCUUCCGUGAAAUGUUAUCUGCCGUAUUUGAGAGUGUUACGGGAAAUGGACUACAAGUAACCACAUUUGGAAAACCGCGCACGAUAGCCUACGCAUUUGCAGAACGUCGAAUGGAGGAGGUGAGCGCGAAGUUGGGUUGGGAUCCGAAGGCUCUCCGUGCAAUUUUCAUGGUGGGUGAUAAUCUUGAAACAGAUAUUCUUGGUGCCAAUGCGCGGGGUGGUCGCUGGACUUCAGUUCAUGUUCUUUCAGGCAUCGGUCUUGCCCCCGCCGCGCGGCGUACGCUCUCAGAGAACGAUGUAGAGCUUGAGUGGUUGGAAGAGCAUGUCACCAAAACGCCUCAUUACGUUGCGCCCACGGUGGAUCAUUUCUUUCGGGAACUUCUGGCAUUCCCGGAGUCCGCCGUGCUGCAGAACAAGAAGCCCUUCUAUGGGAUGCCGAACCCUGUAGAUCUCCGUGAAACUUAUAACUUUCCAACGAUUAAUUAA